AUGGCUGACCUGUUCUAUGUGACUUUGGCCAGGCUCGUUUUGGGUCAGCUCGUUAUUCUGGUGAUAUACAAUCAUAUAUAUACCGCGCCCCUAAGGUUUUACUACAACGCUAAUCACAUCGCUGAGAUGAUUGCGCUUCUUGGACCACCACCGAGAGAGAUGCUGCAGAACAGUGGCUAUGCUACAGAGUUCUUUGAUAUUGAAGGUACGAGCAAUACUGACUUGAAGAAAUCAAGGGAAUUGGAAGGGAGCCGUUCCAAUUCCUUCAAGAACUUUGGAGUAGCACGAGCAGCAACUCUUUCUUGCAUUCAUGCGCAAAAUGCUUCGGUGGCGACCAGAGGAAAGAAGUUCUGCAAGAGAUUUAUUGUCCGACUAGUGGCUUAA